GUGAAAACAGAAGUGGCAAUGGAAAUGUUCGCCCUACAGAUCUUGGUCUAAGAGGGCAUGAGGCUGGCGGUGCCUUACAGCCAAAGUCACUGACAAAAUCUGGCAAUCUCCAGCAUGGAAAGCCUUAUUUGAACCCAACUUACAUGGAAAUCCCUAUCAAAGAAAAUGAUUCCCCAAAGGGAAAUAAUAAAUCAAAAGAUAUUCCCACUCCUGCUAAAAGUAUCACAUCCUCCUUGUCCAGAGAUAGUUUAUCUCUUUCUCCAGAGUUAAAACAGCCAAAUCAAACUGCCAAAAUGUACAGAAGCCCUAAUCUUGAGGGGAAUUCUUCACUGUCUUUCACCAUAGAUCUGGAUGGUCCAGAACAUCCAUUAAAGAAGUCUCUCAGUAUAGGCACUAGCAUUAGUGAGUUCAUGCCUUCCAAGAUCCGCAAGAACUUUCGGGAAAGGAAGGCAAUCACAUCAAAAACUGGCUCAAAGGAGUCCACACCCAGCAAACAUUCUGAAGAGCGUGAAUUGUCUCCCCUGUGCCAUCAAAAGCUUGAUGAAAUCCCUAGCUUGCUUGCAGAAGGUAAAGGGAGACCCUGGUUGGCCAGCAUACAGGCUACAGCGGGCAGCAGCUCUCUCAGAUCCCCAAACCUGGAGGAGAUAGACCGCUUUUCUGAUUUUUCAGAUGAGAGGAAUUCACUGGAGAGGGACACAGAUCGGAGAAUGAAGAGGGCAACUUCCAGCAAACAUCCACAGGUCACUUCAAAGCCUGUAUCAGCUCCAGGUGUGAGAUCACAUUCUAGGAGUCCAGCAGGGGCUGCCAACUCUGUCAGCAUGUCUCAUUACUCUGACCCGACCUGUUAUCUCAUUGAGAGGAUGCUGGAGGGGGGCAGUGCCGACCCUCUCCAUGCAGACAAACAACAGUCUCCAGAAACCAAAAUGUACAGAGAGGCAGUCAUCUAUGAUAGAACUCUUGAUGGUCGUCCAUUGACAGACAAAAGUCUCCUCAGACCAGUGAUUGAUGCUCAGCCAUACCCUCCUGCUGCUGCCACUAAAUUUGUGAAGAAAACUGCUUUGAGUAAGCCAGCCCAGCCAGUGAUGUCUCAUGACAGCCAACUUGCUGAUCAUGAUGACGACUUACAAAUUGUUGAAGAUAUUCCAGACUGUGAUCAUGAAGCUGAGGGGAAAGAUGAUAAAGAGGACAAAGUUAGUGAAGCUGGCACUUACACAAUAGAAGCUGAUUUGAAAGAAGGAAAGGAGGAAGAACAAGAAGCACGAAAAAGAAUAGACCAGGUGUUCGGAGUGGAUUUAGACAGUUUUAGUACAGAGCAACCUGUCAUAGAUCCUCUGCGGUUAGCAAGUCCUGGGGGUUAUGACAAUGUUUAUGACAUGAGUGACGAUGGAGAAAGAACACCCUUGGACGAGAGCAAUCUGUCCCCAGGUGAGGAUGGUGAAACAGACCUAACAUUGGAUGAUGAUUAUAAUGAAGAG